AUGGCAGUUUGCUGUCAGAACUGGGGCAUCUAUGACGCCGAGAAAUGUGCUGCGGCACAGACGAAAUACACGGACGCGUACUUCCAUGAGAAUGAUCCAACUUCCAUCUUCUGGCCUCUCUACCAAGGCCGAACCAGAUGGGCAGUCAAGUCCAAACGCUGGAGUCUCUUUACUUUCGUCAACCGAUUUCUGUCCUUCAACGCAUCCGAUCCGCGCGACAAGGUCUACACUCUCAUACGGCUUGCCGACAGCGUCGAGCACGUCUCCCGUCUGCCGCCUAUUUCUUACCAAGGAGACACGUUCGGCGCCUUCUGGAGCGUCAUUGUCGCGGAGCUAGAGGCCAGCCUGAAGUUGGACUUCCUAGCUGACGGCUGCGGAAUCCAGCGGCCAGAGGGGUUCCUGUCGUGGAUGCCGUUGUCGUACGAGACUGUCGACAGGUUCACUGCAACCAGCCUUGCCCGCCUAGAAAGGGAGCCGGGCGUCAAGUACCGCGCUAGUGGGAGGAGCAUAUGUAGAGCGCAACUGCGUUCCCAACAGAGGCUCCUAGCACUUGCCGGGGUCUUUGUAGGACGUGUCGUCGGCGUCGGCAAAGCCAUGGACCGCGACGCUGCCCACAACGACCAGCUUGCCCUUCGCACGCAAUGGGCCGGCAUGCUUGGUUUACAAAACGUCAAGGCAGAGUUUCAGCGCCUAUUUGCGAAGUUGGAGGGGCGAGAAGUCUCGAGAGACGACGUCCAGACCUUGUUCGCGGGUUAUCUGCGAGAACAGCCCAUCGAGAAGAAAAACCUGUACGAGCUGCUCGAUCGCACCAUGCUCGGCGCCGUCAUGCGAGUUUCGAAACGGAACGGCGUGUAA